AAGAGACGGGACAUACUUGACUAAAAUCGUCAAAUGUUUUAAUGCCAUGGUUAUUCAUAUCGAUUGUACUAUUUAAAUAAAAGCGACCCUUAGAUUAUUAUUUCGCAAUAAUGUAUACAAAGAUUGCUCAACAGUGAAUACAUUACUGUCCACAUAUAACAAAUCUAGCGGUCUUAUGAUGACAGGGUGCAACCGGGCAGUUGUGUUUUAGUCUUAAUUGGAAAAGGGAACAAAAUGAAUGUUUGCAGCGUUACAGUAUUGACAGUCGUUCUUAUUUCCACUAUUAAUUCUAUUAGAGGUGAAAUAACAACCACAACUUCCCCAGAACCACUGAGAUAUCUCCGUCAAAGUACAUUAACUUGUAAUAUAGGCAAAAUAACAGAUACGGUGAGAUGGGUGUAUAACAAAGAAACCCGUUUCUCUUGUUCGCCACCUUACGAUGCUGGAGGGUGUACAAUUAAUAAUCCCGCAGUUGUUGGUGAUCCUACAUAUGACGUCAACACAACUGCUGGUACUAUCGGCGUUUCUUUGAAGAUGAAAGAAUCAGAAAAUGAUGGUCCGUGGACCUGUUUCCAUGGGGCCAUGUCUAAACAAAUAAAUCUAAAUCCUACGGAUUCUCCGUACAUCAAUGCCGCAGUAUCUAUUGACAGUACAAGACUAGAUGUAGGCGACAAAUUGCAGAUAACAUGUGAUGUUAGCCAUACAGAUUCCCAACGAAUAAAUGUUGAGGUGAGAAGUACCAGAAGAGGAAGUCUUUUCACUGUCAACAAUACGCUUGAUACCACAUUCCCAGUUGCUUUGAUAGUCAAGUGUUCUGAUGACUAUGACACAUUUAAAUGUAUCGCAGACGGUGGAGGAGUUAACAGUUUUGAUUUGAGUUUCAGCCCACUAAAAGUAAACUGUAGGAAAACACUAAUAACGGAAAAAACUGUUUUUGUGAUGAAUGCAACUAUAGGUAAUUCUGUGACGUUUUCUCCAGUCAUGCGUGGUUCAUUACACCAACUCUCGUCUGACUUUGAUAUCAAAUGGUACAGAUUAAGAAGUCAAUCCUGGGAGAAUCAGAUGUUAACUUUGCCAGGAUACAGAGUCAAACAAGAUAAUAACAAUAUAUUUGGAUUAAAAAUUACUAAUGUACAUCAUCAGGAUGCUGGUCAAUACAAAUUAACGUGGACUGAAUCUGGUUCUACCGCAACAAAUGAAGCUACAUUUACACUUCAAAUUGUUGAUGAACCUAUUACAAAGGAAGCAAAAUGUCUUGAAAACGGGGCAAAUGGUAUGUUUAAUAUUAACAGAUUUGGUAUGAUCAGCAUCAUAAUUUUAACUUUGGUUUAUUAUGGACGUAAUUAAUAAUUCCCCCAAACGCCGUCUACCAGUUUGUGCACAAUAGGAAUGCAUACACUUUAUUAGCUCAUUGAUAAUUAAAUAAAUAUGAAGGUAAUAUAUUAGAAUGUGAUGAUUGUUAUCUGAAACUUUGGGUAACCAUUUUUUCGGAAGACGUCGUUUCUUUUGCCUUUAUAGUGUCCUUUCACUCUGCCCGCUAAUUACCGAUAUUUCCGACUUGAAGUCAAGCAAAUGUAUGAGGGGUAACGUCAAAAAUAAUAUGGCAAAACCACGUGUGACUAUAUAGUCUGGUCGAGGUAGAAAAUUUGUGGGAAGAAAUUCCUACCCAAAUGAUUUCUUCAUUUUCUGAAACAACUAUGUCCCUAGUGUUCCAGAAAAAUUUUCCCCGCCGA